AUGGGCCGGGUCAAUGGAACCACGCCACGCUUCGUGGCCUGCGCCGCGGAGCAUAGCGUCAAGAGACGUCUGCCGCUCGACGGUCAGGCUAAUGGACCUAGCUUCCGCGUGAAGAAAGUCAACGUCCGAGUGAGCGAAGAUUCUAUUACUCAAGAUAAUCCAGCAUCACGCUGCCGCCGGGGCGAGUUCAAAAAAGUUCCAAAGACAAUGAACAAUCCACACGACUUUAGUCCGCCGUACAUACCAAAAAGCACACGCAAAGUGCAGCUCAUAAAGUGUAAAAUCGUGUUGCAGGCGCUCAACUGCGUACAAGUCGUGUCCCCU